CACCGCUGCCUUAAACCUAACCGCCCACCGCUCAACCUGAGGUCAUCUACUGUAUUCUUUGGAAGUUGAGACGCGUGUUCAAGCCCCCCACCCGGCUGUCCCCAACACGCAGGAUGCCUGCUAUUAUCCCCCAAACCCCUCACAAGGACGACUUGGAUGAAACAUGGACGUUCCUAGAGAAGGGCAUCGAUAGUGUGAUGCUCAAGUUGGAGGAGGGGGUGGAUAUGAAAACUUACAUGGCCCUGUACACCGCGGUUCACAACUUUUGUACAUCACAGAAAGCAAUCGGCAGCAGUCAUAACAUAAAAGCGCAUCAUGGGGCACACCUGCUUGGAGAGGAAUUGUACAAGCUGCUUGGGGAGUACCUUUCCCGCCACCUUGACGCUGUAUACAGAGAGUCGGAGGGCCACGCAGAAGAGGCCCUGCUGGGAUUUUACAUUCGGGAGUGGCUCCGGUACACGACCGCUGCUAAGUAUAUCAACCAUCUUUUCCGGUAUCUGAACCGUCACUGGGUCAAACGGGAAAUUGACGAAGGUAAGAAGAAUGUAUACGAUGUGUAUACCUUGCACUUGGUCAAAUGGAAGGACGAUUUCUUCAUGAAGGUCCACGGUAAGGUGAUGGAAGCAGUCCUGAACUUGGUCGAGAAACAGAGAAACGGUGAGACCAUCGAGCAGUCUCAGAUUAAAAACAUUGUCGACUCCUUCGUCUCUCUGGGCCUGGACGAGAGCGACAGCAGCAAGUCAACACUCGAGGUUUACCGGUUCUACUUCGAGAAGCCCUUCAUUGCCGCCACCAGAGUCUACUACGAAAACGAGUCGCGCCAGUUUGUUGCCGAAAACAGCGUUGUGGAGUAUAUGAAGAAGGCAGAGGCCCGUCUCGAUGAAGAGAAAGCCCGUGUCGGCCUGUAUUUGCACCAAGAUAUCUCCAAGCACCUCACUGACACCUGUUUGGAUGUGCUUGUUACAGCUCACUCGGAACUGCUACGGGAUGAGUUCCAAGUUCUGCUGGAUAAUGAACGCCAAGAAGACCUGGCGAGAAUGUACAGACUGCUGUCACGAAUCAAAGACGGUCUUGACCCCCUACGCACGAAAUUUGAGGCCCACGUCAGGAAGGCAGGUCUGGCCGCAGUGGAGAAGGUUGCUGCAGAUGGCGAGUCUUUCGAACCAAAACUGUACGUGGACGCUCUGCUGCAAGUACACACGAGGUAUCAAAGUCUGGUAAGCGAGGCCUUCAACGGCGAGUCGGAAUUUGUCCGGUCCCUGGAUAAUGCUUGCCGCGAGUUCGUUAAUCGCAACAAAAUUUGCAAGUCUGGAUCCACAAAGACGCCAGAGCUACUGGCCCGGUACACCGACUCGCUACUCAAGAAAGGAUCCAGAGCAGCGGAAGAGUCCGAACUGGAGGAAAUGCUCGUACAGAUCAUGACCGUCUUCAAAUACAUCGAGGACAAGGAUGUGUUUCAGAAGUUCUACUCUAAGAUGCUUGCUAAACGACUGGUUCAUGUUAGCUCCGUCUCUGACGAUGCCGAAACCAGUAUGAUUAGCAAGCUUAAGGAGGCGUGUGGAUUUGAGUACACCAACAAGCUGCAGCGCAUGUUCCAGGAUAUCCAGAUCUCGAAGGAUCUUAAUGCCAGCUACAGGGAUUGGCAGGAGAAGAUAUUGGACGAUGACGAUCGAAGGAAGCUGGUAGACUCACACUUCCAGAUCUUGGGAACUGGCUUCUGGCCUCUCAGUGCGCCUUCGACUGACUUCCUGGCUCCGCCCGAAAUCGUUAAGACUGCUGAGCGGUUUCAAAGUUUCUACUUUGACAAGCACAAUGGUCGCAAGCUGACAUGGCUCUGGCAGCUAUGCAAGGGAGAAAUCAAGACUAACUACAUAAAGAACACCAAGGUUCCAUACACAUUCCAGGUCUCGACUUUCCAGAUGGGCAUUCUUUUGCUAUUUAAUGAGCACGACACAUUGUCCUACGAGGAUAUUCAAAAGGCCACAUCUCUGGCACCCGAAAUCCUGGACCCCAACUUGAGCAUCUUCUUGAAGGCUAAGGUGCUUGUCAUAGGUCCGGAAGGGUCCAAGCCAGAACCAGGCACAUCCUUUUCCCUUAACUAUAACUUCAAAAAUAAGAAGAUCAAGGUCAACCUCAACAUUCAGAUCAAAUCCGAGCAGAGGGUCGAAUCUGAUGACACGCACAAAACGAUCGAAGAAGAUCGGAAGCUGCUGCUUCAGUCCGCGAUUGUUCGUAUCAUGAAGUCCCGUAAGAAGAUGAAGCACGUGCAGCUUGUCCAAGAAGUGAUUCAACAAGUCAAGUCCCGCUUCCCUCCAAAGGUUCCUGACAUCAAGAAGAACAUCGAAGCGCUUAUGGAGAAGGAUUAUAUAGAGCGGUUGGAUGGUGAUGAAAUCGCUUACAUUGCAUGAACUCUAUACAAACGGUGCCUCUCGCGAGCAUUUCUCCUUCCUCACUCUCUCUUUACCUCUCUCUGUCCCCACCUGUUACUCUGCCUGUCUCUGCGGCCCUCCCUCUCGCCGUAUCGUCCCCUCAAGUGUCCUGUUAGCGCGAUAUUCAUCAUUAGUCUUUCUUCGUCUCGAUCUACUUUGCCCAUAUGGCUCAUCAAGGAACGGGAGGAUGGAAAACAUCCUGUAUUUCUUUCACGGCGCUGCUACGACAAAUGAUAACCCUGGUAUACAACUUAGAUUGGACCUUCCCUUCCACUUUCUUCUAUGUGGGAAAUCAAGUCUGAGACAGCACUGCUGAAUGAAGCGAAUGGGACACCAUCGAG